GAAAUAUAUUUUAUUGGUGAAUGCAACUCGAAUGUUUUCUACGAUUGGCCGACGAGCCUCUCCCAGAGAUUUUUAGGAGAGCGACACGAAGGGAACCAUUUUCAACUAUUAAAAACUAUUCCUAGGAGCCUCCGGAGUCAUCGGUGACGUCAGAGAGUAGAAUUUUGAAGGUUAAAAUUUGACAGCACCCCGAGCUUCGACCAUCAAAAACUGAGAAGCUUCGGGUUUUUGUAAGGUGUGCAAAGUGGAUCGUUGAUCAUCGUACAAGUUUUUAAUCGCACGUGUAUCAAACCAGUUAUUAUUUUGUUGACCUCAAAUUUAUAUUCAUAUUACAACAUACUUCACUCUGCUGAGCUAAGGUUAAGGAGGAGCCAUUUCUCAAUAAAAUGGCAGUAGGAACAACAUUGCAGAAAGCCAUCGACUUGGUGACCAAGGCCACCGAAGAAGAUCGGAACAAGAACUACGAGGAAGCCCUCAAACACUACGAACAUGGUGUCGAGUACUUCCUUCAUUCGAUCAAAUAUGAAGCUCAAGGAGAAAGAGCAAAGGAGAGCAUCAGAACAAAGUGUUUGCAGUACUUGGACCGAGCCGAAAAAUUGAAGGAAUACCUGAAGAAGGGUAAGAAAAAACCAGUUAAAGACGGAGAGAGUCACUCAAAGAGCGACGACAAAAAGAGCGACAGUGGAGACAGUGACGACGAUAGCGAUCCUGAAAAAAAGAAAUUACAGAGCAAAUUAGAAGGAGCGAUAGUAAUUGAAAAACCCCAAGUGAAAUGGAGCGACGUCGCUGGACUGGAUUUAGCAAAAGAAGCACUGAAAGAGGCGGUGAUACUGCCGAUACGUUUCCCCCAUUUAUUUACCGGGAAACGUAUUCCGUGGAAAGGCAUAUUACUUUUUGGACCUCCGGGUACCGGAAAAUCAUUCUUAGCAAAGGCAGUGGCGACCGAGGCAAAUAACUCAACUUUCUUCUCGGUAUCGUCCUCAGACUUGGUGAGCAAGUGGCUCGGCGAAUCUGAGAAACUUGUAAAGAAUCUAUUCGAAUUGGCCCGCCAGCACAGGCCUAGUAUAAUAUUCAUCGACGAGGUCGAUUCUCUGUGUUCUUCGCGUUCGGACAACGAAUCUGAAUCUGCUCGAAGAAUAAAAACCGAAUUCCUGGUCCAAAUGCAAGGUGUCGGUACCGACAACGAGGGGAUUCUUGUCCUGGGAGCGACUAAUAUUCCCUGGGUAUUGGAUUCUGCGAUCAGAAGGCGAUUCGAAAAGCGAAUCUACAUUCCUCUUCCGGAGGAGCCGGCUCGCAUGGUCAUGUUCAAGCUCCACCUUGGCAGUACGGCUCAUGUUCUGACGGAUGACGAUUUCAAGAAAUUAGCUGCUUCCACCGAGGGAUACUCCGGUGCCGACAUAAGCAUCAUUGUUCGAGACGCGCUUAUGCAGCCGGUCAGACAGGUCCAAACGGCGACCCAUUUCAAGAAAGUACGUGGACCCUCGCCGAAGGAUAAUACGAUAAUUGUUGACGAUCUUCUCACCCCUUGUUCUCCGGGUUCACCUGGUGCUAUUGAAAUGACGUGGAUGGAAGUAGACGGAGAUAAACUGUACGAGCCACCGGUGACCAUGAAAGACAUGAUGAAAUCACUGGCCACAACGCGUCCGACAGUGAACGAAGACGAUAUGGAAAAACUUGAGAAGUUCAAGGAAGACUUUGGCCAAGAAGGUUGAAGAUGCCAUCUCAUUUAAGGCUUAAGAAAUAAAAGAAUUUCACACUUACAUACUACACAGAGUUAUACACGCUUGCCUUAUUCCGAUUUAGGAUGAAAUACAGAUCCAGCGUUUGUACAAAAAUAUUAUUCACAAGAUUUUCCGUUCUAUUCCUUGUAAGAAAUUCGAUUUUGCCUGAUAUCGUCCGUCGUUGAAAUUAUGAAUAUCGCUAAGAGUUAUCAACGGCCGAAGUCGUUGAGUAUAUUCGUAAUUGUAAUCACGUGUAUAAAUAUUGAACACGCAGAAUUAAAGAAAAGAAAGAAAUCGAUCAAUAAUACGAUUUUAUGAGAAUUUAAUCAUUUUGUCACCUAUUGAUAAUGCAUUUUACAAAAGUUCUUGAGUCAACCGGUGAAAUCGGAGAUUCCUCAGUUUUUAUAUCGGAAAUAGCUACCAUUUUUUCGCUUCUACUCGAGUGUAGUAAACCCGAUUCCUGUGUAGUUUAGAAUCCUAGAGAUCUGUCUUAGACAAUUUGAGUAUCGAUCGUUCAAAGGUAUUUUUCUACUUGAUUACGAAUAUUGCUUUUUUUUCUUAGUUUUUUUUUAAGUUCAUGCGAUUAAUCUAGGAAAAUUCAACUCACACCAGGAAUGAAUUAUAAAUAGGCUUAAAUAUUCAAAUAAAAAUUAUAAAUUAAUAUCAUUUGAAUAUUUCGUGAUGUAUAUCGAUGUGUUGAUGAUAAGCAUAAUAAUACUUGUAUCGUGUAAAUUAUGUUUUUAUUGUUAACUAAAUAAAUAACAAGGUAUAUAGUUUA